UCGUGUACCUACUUAUGUGUGUAGGUAUAUAAUGUUAUUGUCGUGAGUCGUGAGUGCCGUGAGGUUAUACACAUACGGUACUUUUAAUAAGUAGUCGAUUGAUAAUAGGACUUACUUAGUUUAUUGUUACUAGUUUGGUGCAUUUAAUUUUCUAUACAUUCUUACAGAUAUAUACGUGAUUAUGUGAUGUAUUUAUACUCAACUCGUGUGCUUUAGUAUAGAUUUACUGUUGUCCUUUCGUAAUUUCACGGAAGCUGGGAUCUUGAGGUGAUAUUUCAGGUAAACAUACCUGCUGCUGUAAAGUCAGUAUAACAAUGACAGAUUGUGACUUCAGGAUUCCCCAAAAAAUUCCUCAAGAAUUUUUUGCCCUUAUUGAAAAAACUGAGCACAUUAUGAAAGAACAUAUUGAGAAUCGAGGUGAUAAAUUUCAGUGGAAUCUCCAAGAUUUUUAUACAGGUGCUUUACUUGGUGAAGGCAAGUUUGGCCGAGUGUAUUUGGCAAUAGAAAAGAAAACCAAGAUAGUGGUAGCUCUAAAAAGUCUCAACAAAUUCGAACUGAUUAAUAACGGUAUUGAGAAGCAAGUUCUGAGGGAAAUAGACAUUCAGUCGCACUUGAAGCAUCACCGCAUCCUAGAACUCUUGACACAUUUUGACGACAACGAAAAGAUCUACUUGGUACUAGAGUUUGCUGCUGGAGGUGAGGUAUACAAGAUGCUGAAGAAACAGCCCAAUCAACGAUUCAGCGAAAAACGAUCUGCUAAGUACAUUUACCAAGUAGCAGACGCCUUGGAGUACUGUCAUAAAAAUGGCGUUAUUCAUAGGGACAUUAAACCGGAAAACUUGCUCCUUACGCAUGAUGGUGAUAUCAAGCUGGCCGAUUUUGGCUGGUCGAUUCACUCACCCUUGAAGAAAUGUACCUUUAUGUGCGGUACUCUGGACUACCUACCACCAGAAAUGAUAAAUGGACAGGAAUAUGACUUUUCUGUAGAUCACUGGAGUCUUGGAAUCAUGUGCUACGAGUUUCUAGUUGGAGAUCCACCUUUUUUCAGCCAAAGGACCAGCGCUACCUUUGUAAAGAUCAACAAGGUCGAUAUAACAUGGCCCCCUCUUAUCACUGCUGGAGCUAAGGACUUGAUUUCAAACCUGCUCCAAAUCAACAGCACCAAGAGAAUGCCGCUCCAAAACGUUAAAACUCAUUUCUGGAUCCAAGAGAACAUAGAUGCAAAUGAUACGUGUAAAAAGAGACAUUAA